AUGAGCUGGCAGGAGUUCAGGACGCCCCCCUCACGCUGUAACAAGGCCACAGGAGGGGUUCGUGACAUUCCUGGCCUCUGGGAAUUUCUCAGAGAGCAGAAGGAUGUGCAAAUGGAGUUCAAAGAACCUCGAUUCCCUGCCAAGGGGUUUUACCAUCCAGAUGUGGAUCGGCCGGGGACAGCCCUGGCCGGCAGCGGCUUUGUCCUUGAGGAAGACCCUCGCCUGUUUGACCCAGCCUUCUUCGGGAUCACGGACAUCGAAGCAGAAACCAUGGAUGCGUCCCAACGCAAGCUUUUCGAAGUUACGUACGAAACUUUUGAGAAUGCCGGCGAGACCUGGGAAAGCGUCUCGGGGUCCCGUACCGGGGUAUUCGUCGGCGAUUUCGCCUUCGACAAUUACAUAUCACAGACGCGCGACUGGGACUAUUCAGGAAAGCAUUCGGCCACCGGAUCAUUCCCGAACAUGCUGGCCAACCGCAUCCAUUAUGUCUUCAAUCUCAAGGGGCCGAGCGUGCUCCUCAACAGCGUCUGCACAUCUGCCAUGUACGCCCUUCACACGGCCAUCAUCUCCAUGCGCAACGGCGAUUGUGACUCUGCCAUCGUAGCAGGGUCCAACUGGAUCAUGGACCCAAACUCCCAUAUCGCAAUGGGUAAAUUAGGUGCCCUAUCUGCGACUUCAAGAAGUCAUACUUUCGACGAGUCUGCCGACGGCUAUGCUCUCAACGCAAAUGGCCGCACAACUGGGAUUACCAACCCAAGUGGCCCUGCGCAGGAGACUGUUCUUCGGGAAGCGUACAACGACGCCGGGGGGCUCGAUCCUUCGCAGACAAUGCUACUAGAAUGCCACAGAACCGGCACACGCGUUGGCGACCCGAUCGAGGUUGAGGCUGCCGGCAAUGUCUUCGGUCCGCAUAGAUCUGAUUCAUACGAAGACCGCCUGGUAGUCACCUCGGUCAAGACGAAUUUCGGUCACCUUGAGGGUGCAUGCGCCUUUCCAGGCAUCUUGAAGGUUGUAUCAGCCAUCGAGGCUGGCGAGAUACCGCCUAUUCUCGGGUUCAAGUCACCAAACAAGCGUAUCGACUUUGACAAGGCGAAGGCUCGCGUGGUCACAAGCCGAGCCAGUGUGACGUCUGCAGGCUUCGGAGGGACAAAUGGGCAUUGCAUUAUUGACCAUGUUCACAACUACAUCCCGGGCUAUGUCAAACCUGGAGUCAUCCACGACUGCGCCAAGAACGUGAACGGCGUCAUUGGUGUCAAUGGACAUGUCAGUAACGGCACCAAUGGCGUCAACGGACACACACCGAACGGGUUUACCAACGGCACGAUCAACGGCACGAACAAAUCCAACGGCGAUAGCCACCGGAGACAUUUUACAAAGGCUGAUGCAGCCACUCGUCAGCUGGUUCUGCUUCCAUUCUCGGCACAUAACCAGGCCUCCCUCCUAGCCAAUGUGGAUGCGCUGUCCGGGGUUGCACACAAACACUCGCUGGCCGACGUGGCCUACACAUUGUCUGCAAAGCGUUCGCGCUUUUCCCACCGAGCUUAUGCCGUGGUGGAUAAGAGCCAUAUCGGAGAGUCCGGACCCGGUCUGAGCCUGGAGACGAAGGCUUUCUUUUCGUCCCAGGCCUUGCGCGUCGGAUUCGUCUUUACCGGCCAGGGCGCACAAAGGCACGCCAUGGGAGCCGAGCUUUUCGAAUACGGCACAUUCCGGGACACGAUCUCGUUCCUUGACCUCGUUCUCGCCGGGUUGCCACAUCCCGCGCCAUGGAAAAUUGCCGACAUUCUUGCAGGGAGCUGUGAGAGAGAACUGAUCCAGAUACCUGCUGUGUCAUAA